AUGGAUGAGUUGAAACAAAUAGAAUAAGAAUAAUACUACAUUAGUUACAGUAAGUAUUAUAAAUGUUCUAAUUCAUGUUAUUUAUAAAUCUAAUAAAAUUUAUAAAAAUAUUUAUUUGUAUUUGAAAGAAAAAAGAGAGAGAGUACUAAUAUAUUGAUUUACAAUUUUAGAUGGAAGUUUUAAAAGUUGAAUUUUUUGAAAAAGGAUAGGUUAUUGAAGAAUUGUAGAUUCAAAAUUAGAAUUUGAUGGAUGAUAUAUCAUAAUUACGAAUUGCUUUAUGA